CAUAUUAAGAGUUUCAGAAACACCAACACCCCCAAAUUUGAAGCUGAACAUAAAAAUUAGGGUUUUGAAAUCACCUCGCACCGAUGAAGAAGAACAGAACCAGAACUUUAUCAUCACAAUCUAAACUUAAUAUUUUCCAAUCAUCAGAUUUCCACACCGCCGUCUCUAAAAUCGCCGUCACGCAAAUCUGCAAAUCCGUUGGAUACGCUGCCGCUCAAACCACCGCACUCCAAACCCUAACUAACAUCGCCGUAAGCUACCUCCAAUCAAUUGCCAAAUCUGCCGUCAUCUCCGCCGUAUCUACCGGCCGUACACAAUGCAACCUGUAUGACGUCAUCCGUGGACUUGAAGACCUGCAUUAUGACGUCGGAUUUACCGGUAACGGAAAUAUUAAUAAACGGUUGUAUCCACUUGCUGACUCAUCGAUGCUUCUGGAUAUUCGAAAGUUUGUUUAUCGGAAUCGAGAGAUUCCGUUUGCUAAACCGUUGCCACGUGGAUGUGACGUGGAUUCGCAGUGUUUGUUUGGUGACAGCGAGAAAGUGUUGAAGCAUGUUCCGAGAUGGUUACCGGAUUUUCCUGUAAUUAGUGAAAAAGAAGAAAAAACGGUGGUGGCGGUGGUGGUGGCUGGUGGUAGUGACUUAGAAAAUGAGGGUAAAAAAGCUGCGAGUGAGUUAGCGGCAAAAAGGGAAAGGAUAAGUUUUAAGAUUGUUAGAAGGAGUGGUAGUAAAACUAAAAAUGAGAUUAAACUUGAAUUUGGAGUUUGUAAAGGUGGAAAAAGGAUUUCAUGCCAUAAUUAUACUGAUAAUGAUGAUGAAAAUUUCUUUAAUCACUAUGAUGAACUAGCAUCAGCAGCUGCUUGUUCAAAUUCAACGAUGAUAAUAUUUUGAGGAUUUAUGCAUUUUGAAGAUUAUUAUGUAAUGAUGUUCAAACAACGAGUUUUCGAUAUAUGUAUAUAUAGAUACUUAUAUAAAUGAAA